AUGGAGAUGGAUGAGGAUGACAGUGGCACUACCCUUGAUUGGCGUGAUAUCAAGAAUUUAAAGGACCUUGAGUAUAGACCGGAGAAAGAAGGGGAGCCUAUGGUGACCCCUGGAACUAACAAUAGUAGGAAAAGCAAUCCUCCAAGGUGGGCGGAAAGAAAGUUUAAGUCUAGUAGCAGGAAAAUGCAAGACCUGGAGCCACCCAUUAGGAAGAAAACAAAAUUGACCAAGUCAAGUGGGUCCAAAGACAAGGACCACAAGAUUAGGUUAGAUAUCCCCAUCAAUGUGGAUAACAAGGAACAAGGGACCAUGAAUAAAGAUAACGAGCUGGUCAAAAGGGGGAGAAGUGUGCUCUAUAUUUCCUUUGGCUUGCAUAACACGAUCUUUGCAUCUAAUAUGAAGGAGUUGGCACUGGGUUUGGAAUCAAAUGGGCAACCCUUCAUAUGGGUAGUAAGGUCACCUCUUGGCAUAUCGUUGACUGCGGAGUUUUCUUUCGAGUUUCUUCCAGAUGGGUUUGAAGAGCGAAUCAAUGCCAAAAAUCAGGGAUUGGUUAUUAAAAAAUGGGCAUCUCAGCUUGUGAUUCUGUCCCAUCCUUCCAUGGGAGGAUUUGUGAGCCAAUGUGGAUGA